AUGUCUUCCUCGGCCGUUCUAUCAAACGUCAAGAUGCUCCAGGAUGUUAUAUUCAUUGAGAUCGAUGGCGUAGAGUCAGCAUGGGACACUUAUUGUUUCGCCCUAGACAUUGAAUCUCCGGGACCAAAGGUACACCCGGCUGCAAGCGGCUCUGCAAUAUCGGAGGAACGUAUGAGUGUCAAGGAGGAAGUCAUUGGUGUCAAGAUUGAAGACCAGGACGUCGGCCUCAGUGAGCCAAGCACUCAGUGUGCCGCAUCCCCAUGCCACCUACUUACCAGGCGCGCAGAUAACCCACGAGACCCAAAGGAUACUAGCGAGGUACAAGCAACCUUGGAGAGGAUCAGGAAUGGUCCACAGUGUUAA